AUGGCAACUAACGAAUUUUUGAUAGUGCCCAGCGCUGCUCCUGUAGAUGUAAGAAUAUCACCAACAGCCAACGGAGCGACUUCUGCUAUAGUGGCAUGGAGUAUUCCUACAUUAUUUAAUCAAAAUGGUAUAAUAACUGGUUAUCACAUUAAAUACUUUCCUCUAGAUCAACUGCAAAAUGAAACUGUAAUCAGUUUAGGUAAUAUUACGCAAUAUACACUACUAAAUUUAAAUCCUAAGCGCAACUACUCCAUACAAGUAGCAGCAGCCACUUCAAUCGGUAUCGGUCCAUAUAGUGCAGCGACUAUUUAUGAAACGCAUGAAGCUGUUGCUCCAAAUGUUACUCAAUCACCUCGAAGUAGUGUAGUAAAAGCUGGAACUGUUAUUAGGCUAGAGUGUGCCGCUACUGGUGAUCCUACUCCAACUACUAAAUGGAUUAAAGAUAAUCAACCAAUCAGUACAGUUUAUAAUGUAUUAACAAAUCCCGGUUAUGGUAGACUAAUUGUCACAGAUAUUGGUACGGCAGAUAAUGGAUCUUAUUGGUGCCAAUUUACUAAUAUUAAAGCUACUAUAGUAACUGAUGCAGCAAUUAUAGCUGUGGAGGACUCCAAUACAACAGGAUUCUGCAUAGAUGAAAUAGUAAACAACAUGCGAUGGCCAAAAACUUAUGGUGGACAAACUGCAAUCGUUUCCUGCCCUUCACCAAUUCAGGGAAAUGCUACACGUUUAUGUACUGCUGGAAUCAAUAGAGCAUCCACUUGGGAACAAAUUGAUACAACAGGAUGUCAGUCACCAGCAUUUGCGGCCGCGACCAGUUUGAUAAAUAAACUAGACUCAAUUGGCCAGGGUGCAGCUAAUGAGACCUUAACUGAAUUGGAGACAUUGUCUGCUAAUAAGACUUUAUAUGGUGGCGAUAUUAUUAAGGCAAUAGAAAUCUUAACCAAAAUUAAUCGCGUUUCAACAUGGGUCGACGCACCUUUGCUUACUAAUUAUGUGAAUGUUCACAGUAACCUACUAAAUUCGGACAAUAAGAAUGCCUGGAAAUAUGCAAGCAAGUUUUGUCUAGAUAUAAAUGGUAAUACAGUUUCGGUGAUGGAUAAUUUGGAAGAAUUUGCAAGUAAAAUGAAUGACACUUCGAAUAACAAGACAAUUACAAUACUAUCUAAUAACAUAGUUCAAAAGCAAGUAAUUGUUAUAUAUAAAACUCUUGGUAAUUUGAUUCCGGCAAAUCUACAUAGAGAUAGGAAUGCGACCAGUACUGGUGUGAAUAGUGUCAAUUCACAUAUUAUUUCAACUUCUAUGUAUCCUAAUGCAGCCAAAAAUUUAUCUCAUCCAUUGCAGAUCACCUUUGUAAAUAAAAAUGCCAUCAAUUCAAAUAAUAAUUAUGUUGAAAUCUCCUGCACGUUUUGGCAAUCUAAAUCUGGUCUAUGCGGAUGGUCUACAUCUGGAUGUUGGAAAGAUUUAAAGUCUAAUUCAACGCAUACUAUUUGCUAUUGUAACCAUACUACUACAUUCGGAACCAUUCUUACUCACUUACCUCAAGAUAAAAUUAAACUGGAAGUUAUUAUUUAUAUUGGUUGUGGCUUGGCUAGCUUCUUACUUGCCCUAACUAUCGCAAUUAAUAUUAUUUAUUGGAGACGAACUCCUAAAAUUCUCGGCAUCAUCAACGUUAGUAUGUUCAUCUGCAUACUUAUUGCCAAUAUCAUUGUCAUUUUUGGAUUAAUAGAGACAGAGUCAAAGCUACGAUGUACCAUCGUGGCAACGAUCCUACACUAUGUGUUGCUUGCAGCCUUUGCUUGGAUGCUCUGUCACAGUUUCUACCUAUUUAGUUCAUUGACCAGCAAAGAUGGUAACGGCAAAUAUUGCAAAAGCUUUAUAUUUGCUGCUUUCAUUUUAGCUUUAGCUAUUGCCAUUGUAACCGCUGCUGUUGCCAUUAACGGGAUGGGAAUGCAAAACUAUAUACAAAAUAAUUCGAGUUUUUUGCCAGCGGCCUUAAUUCUCAUGCUAUUACUUGUUAUUGACUGGACGCUGUUUGUAUUAUUUGUUGCCAUCGGUAAUGUUGUACUGCAAUAUCUUUUCGCCGUAAUCAACUUUUUGCAGGCACUAUAUAUAUUUGCCUUUUAUGGACUUAAGCAAAUUAUGUGCGGUAAUAUCGAUCAGGUAGGCAAUCAUGCUCUCAAUAAUCUAAAUAUGUGUUACAAUUACAUAUAUUUGAAAGUUGUAGGCAUGAGUAAUCAUAAGUAA